AUGGAUGAGUUAAACGAGACCCUCAUAACUCUGACUGGAUACGUAGAGAUGACUAAACACAGAUACCUUUAUUUUUCAGUUUUUUUGACAGUGUUUGUCUUGAUCAUCUGCAGCAAUGCUACCAUUGUUUAUCUCAUCUGGACUCACAAAAACCUCCACGAGCCGAUGUACAUCUUCAUCGGUGCUUUAUUGUUUAACUGUGUUAUUUACAACUCCACUUUUUACCCGAAGCUUUUGACCGACGUCCUCUCUGAUAAACAGGUCAUACCGUAUUCUGCUUGUGUUUUUCAAUAUUUUGUGUUUUAUUCUGUAGGUGGAUCAGAGUUCUUACUGUUAGCAGUCAUGGCUUUCGAUAGAUACGUGUCGAUAUGUAAACCUCUGAGAUAUCCAACCAUCAUGAGGAAAGCUACGGUGAAAUGUCUCCUGGCUUUUGCUUGGCUUUCCCCUCCGCUUCAUGUUGUUGUGCAAGCAGUGCUGAGCACCAAGUCUAAGAUAUGUAACCGUAAUUUAGAAGCAAUAUUUUGCAAUAACACUAUUUACACACUCCAGUGCAUGAGAUCACGGACAGUUACUAUAAUUGGGGUUGUUAUUUUAUUAGACGUCGCAGUGCUCCCGAUGCUUUUCACAGUUUUCACAUAUGCAAAGAUUUUUAUAAUGGCUUAUCAAAGUAAUAAAGCAUUUCAGAGAAAGGCGGCUAAGACCUGCCUUCCACACGUGUUGGUUUUGAUCAGCUUCUCUAUCUGUGUGUAUGAUGUAAUCAUAGCUCGAGUGGAGUCAGAUCUUCCAAAAGCUGCACGCUUCGUGAUGACGCUGCAGCUGUUUCUGUAUCAUCCGCUGCUUAAUCCCAUAAUAUACGGCCUCAAAAUGAAGGAAAUUUCUAAGCAUCUGAAGAGGUUGUUUUGUUCUACCAAAGUCUAA